AUGUCUUCCUCAAAAAAAGAAUGGACAAUUGACGAAACACACAAACUAAUCUCUGAUUAUGAAAACAAUCCUUGCUUAUGGAAUCCUAAAGAUAUAAAAUAUAAAGAUAGACUAGCUCGGGGAGAAGCUGUUCGCCAAUUAGCUGUGUCAUUCAACACUAGUGAAGGUGAAAUACUAAGAAAAUUACACGGUUUAAGAAACCAACAUGCUGGCGAAACUAGAACAGGCCAAGGAGCAGACGAAAUGUACAAAAGUAAAUGGAUAUAUUUCGAAUCAUUGAAAUUUUUAUCUACUGAAGGCAACGUCGGUAGAAAAACUGUAGGCAAUUUAGUAAGUACCGUUGCUAUAUUAUAA